AAUGAGGCUGAAUUGUAAGACAACACUAAUUGUCAAUAUGGCCGCCUCCAGCUCCAUGGAAAAGUCGACGAUAGACCAAAACGAAGUGGUGUCGUCGAGUAGCGAUGAUGUGGAAACAAAUCGAUGUCUAAAUGCAGGUGAAGUAUCAUCAAGCGAUACUGGUGGGCUUUCCAGAAUGGCUGAUGACACAUCGAUUGAAGUUUUAGCAUCAAGUACUGCAGAAAGAUCAAGCACUGCAGCCACCGAAUCUUCCCAGAACUUUGUGCCGAAAGGAGCGGGUUGCGUGUCCAGCACGGAUGCCCCCAUACCUGCUGAAACCUGCGACCGCUACCACAGUGAAGAUUCCACAAAGAGUGAGAAAGAUGAUGCAAGUAAAAGGAAAGGUGGACAAGGAGCAGAUUCAUCAAGUUCUUGUGAUCAAGCAAUGACAAAAAACGAACCAAGGUUUAAAUUGCCAGGUAUAAACUUGAGUUCCACAAAACAAGGACAAAAAAGUUCCAGCAAUCAUGAAACUGCAUCAACAAGCUCAGGUUUUGCAGUUCCAUCAUCAGUUGAAAGACCUAAAAAGGGUACAAUUGCAUUUGCCUUGCCCAAGACUCUUCCAAAAUCAAAACACGGUUCUUUCCAAGGAAGUGAAGCAGCUCAGUCGAAACAGGAAGAGAAAGAUAAAAGUUCUGAUGUUUCAAAGAGGCUUGAUAAGAAAUCAGAAGAAAACGAAAAGGCAGCUGCGAAUGCGCCUCCUCUUCCAUAUAAAGAACCAUCAUGGAGUGGUGUUCCUAGCCAAGAGUAUCACCUUGAAGUACUGAAGAAUGGAUCCAUUCUCUCCAAAGUUGCAUUGAAUGACAAACCCUACCAUGUGUUUGGACGAUUAGCAUCUUGUGAUUUUCAGAUGGACCACCCUUCCUUAUCACGUUACCACAUGGUCCUUCAAUAUAGACCUACAGGAGAUGGCGAGCAUGAUCCAGGCUUUUAUGUCUUUGAUCUUGGAAGCACCCAUGGGUCUUUCCUCAACAAACAGCAGUUAAAGGCUAAAGCCUUUUACAGAAUGAAUGUGGGACAUAUGUUCAAACUUGGAGGAAGUACAAGACUCUUUAUCCUACAGGGACCGUCUGGUGAACAAGAGGAAGAAUCUGACAUGACCAUUACAGAGCUGAAGGAACUCAGACAAAAACAGAUGAUGCAGAUGGAAGAGAAGAAGAAGAGAAAAGCAGAGAAAGAGAUGGCAGCUAUGAAAGCUCAAGAAAAGAAAUCAGAAGGCAUCGAUUGGGGUAUGGGUGGUGAUGAAGAGGAGGAAGAGUCUGAUGAAGAGAAUCCCUUUGCUUCGAUGGAAACCCAGGAAGACAGAGAGGCUGCUUACAUCAAGGAUCCCAAGAAAACACUCAGAGGAUUCUUUGAGAGAGAAGAUGUUGAGUUAGAAUAUGAAGUGGAUGAGAAAGGGAGUGGUUUCGACCAUCAGUAUGUUUGCAGAGUACAGCUGCCUCUGGAUGAUCAAGUAGGGCUUCCCAUCUACGCAGAAGCAUCGGUCUCAGGCAAGAAGAAGGAGGCAGUCAUAGCCUGUGCCUUGGAAGCUUGUCGUAUUCUGGAUGCUCAUGGGGUUCUUAGACAGGCAACCCAUGAAAGUAAGAAGAGGAAAGCCAAAGACUGGGCUCAGGAUGACUACUAUGACAGUGAUGAUGAUACGUUCCUGGACAGAACUGGAGCCAUUGAGCAGAAGAGGAAACAACGCAUGAAGAAAGCUGGACUCCUUCAAGAGAAGGCUCAGACAUAUGACUCUUUGCUUGCAAAGCUUGCAGAAGUUGAUGCUGAGCUUGCAGAAACAGAAAAGAAACUUGAAGAAGCCAAGAAAGUUCAACCAAAGUCCGGAGAAUCAGACAGCCUGGAUGAUUUCAUUGCUAGUCUGAAAGCUGGGGGCAGUUCACAUGACAGGGCUCAGAGGGCCAAACUUAAGUUCAAGGUGGUGGACCUUAGGAAGGAACAGUUCAGACUACAGAAGCUAGUCCAGGUGGCCAGACCUACGCAUAUUCCAGAGCCUCCCAGGUUGAAAUCCCUUCCUAAAGGCAAGGCUCUACCCAUGACUGGUUCCAUGAAAUCCAAAUCAAACUUCAAAGAUAGAUUCCAACCAAAGAUUCAAAUAAACGCUUUCAAGUUAAAGAAGGAAACAGAAGAAGAGGUGGAAGAAGAAGAGGAGGAGGAUGAAAAUGAAGAUGCUGGUGAUAAUGAAGAUACAGAAAUCAGGAGUCAGAGUACACAUGCAAAACAGGUUCUUCAUGCAGGAGAGUGUGGGAGUCGUGAGAUUGAAGCAUUGAAGAGGAUAGAGGGUGAAGCUCCACCACCUCAGCACCAGAGAGUAUAUGGAGUAGCAAUGCCUCCUCCUCCAUCAUCAUCCAAGAAGAUGGAUACAUCACCGAUUGCCAUGGAGAAGGAAGAUGCUUCCCUCCCUCCAUCUUCCUCCCCACCCAAACGAGUGUAUGGUGUAGCCAUGCCCCCUGCCAUUCCUAAGGAGCAGUCCAUAGAUGCUAUGGAGGAGGAAGAGGAGGGUGUGGUUCCAGUGAAAUCUAAGAAGAUGUACGGUCCGGCUAUGCCCCCACCAAGUAUGCAGAAUACAACAGGAAAAAGACUGGUAAAAGGUCCCUCUCGCGGUCCCUCUCAAGGGCCAAGCAAGGCAGGGUUCAAAGGAGAUGGGUCAAGUCACCAGUCUGUAGGAGGUAUGCUGGCAUCAUUAAGGGAUAAUGAAGGAGAGAAGAUGGAAGAGAGUGAGGAUUACACGGAUUGGCAGCCUCCUACAGAUCAAAAAGGAGAUGGACGCACCUCGCUGAAUGAAAAACUAGGGUAUUGAGCAUCAAGAAUAUAGAAAGAACAUUGUAACUUGACAUGAAGGAGUUAAUGAAUAAUAGUGAUUCAUCCUCUAGAAGUAUUGUAGUUGAGUGUUAUAUACUCUUGAAUGGAUUUGCAAAGUUCAUGGGUCAUAAACCCUGGCAUGGCACUUAGUAAGACAUUUAAUCACUUUUGUUGCUCUCCACCCAGGUUUAGUAUUUGGGUACCUGUUAAGGAGAAAGUAUUUGGGUACCUGUUAGGGAGAAAGUAUUUGAAUGCUUUGAACUCCAAUAUUGGCAGCCUUGCUGAAGCUGAAGCCAGGGUAACAUUUUGGAGUGCCUUAAAGUACCAAGCAUGGACUUAUACAAGUACAUAAUAUCAUGAUUUUAAAAUUGAUUAAUAUAGAUGACAGAAAAGUCAAUGUGUGUUUUAAAUCUAUACACUAAAAUGUUAAAACCUGAUUUAGAAGCAAUUUUUAUUGGUUAAAUUCAGGGUUUCUAUUUACCAUUUAGUUUGAUGCACAGAAACUAUGAAUUUACCUUUUUUUUUAAAGGUUACAGCGGUGAACAUUUUGAGAUGUAAAUUCGAAAAGAAUAACAUAAUUUCAGGAAUUUGACAAGCAUACGGUUUCUCUCAUUCUCUUUGGAGUAACAUAGAAAGAAGAUUGUAUGACUACUUUGACUAGUAUUUAAAAAAAAGGAACAAAGAUUCACAUUGAUUGAAAAUAUACCUCACUCUGAAUUUAUCAAUGUUCGUUUAAAAUUUGGUAUUUUGGCUAGCAUUUUUUCCCCUUCCAGUUUCAUUUCUAUUUGAGAACUUAACAUCACCUGAAGGAGUUCACAGGACUUUACGCAAUUAUUCCUUGUACAUGUGAUGUGUGACAUCAGUUCAGCAAAAUAUACAUCAUAUAAGGAUCGCAAUUCAUUUCUAAACUGCUCAUGCACCAUGUAAUCCUGCACGUAUGGCACCUAGUACUGCCAUCCUCCCAAUGUUUGCUUUGAGAUAAGAUAGUGUCUUUCCACCUGCUCCUCCGUCUCAGACUGGUAAAAUACCCUAACCUUUAUACACAUAUCAUCUUCAUCAUUUUCUAGCAGUAUGCUGCUUUUGAAAAAUGUCCACCUCAAUUUUCAUUGGUCACUAAUAAAUCAAACUAAUGAAAGUUUACUGGAAAUUCAUUUAAACUUUCACGGUCGGUGAUGUAUUUUUGUGAUGUACAAAGGGGCAUGAUCAUAUGAUAUAGGGAGAGAAUGGAAGCAAUCAUGUGAAAUUACAUGCCUUUCCUUUUUGUGUGUGGGUAAAUUUAAGAAACAAUCUGUUAUGUGAUUUAUUCUCUGCAGUCAAUUUCAAGCAGUGUAUUUGAGAUGCUUUUGGUUACCCUCCAUUGUGGGUGAUUUUUUACAUACAUGAUUGUAUAGUUUCAUAUAAAACACUGUUGCAUAUUGUUAUAAUAAAUUCAUUUAUUGUA